CAUCUGUUUUCAGCUGAUAUGUGUGAAGAUGUAAUUGAAGAACCUGCAGAGUAAACAUUUAAAAGACUGCACAUGAACAGUUGCUUCUGUAAACAGAUGAACAAGUGCUUCCAAAUUCCUCUGAUCGUUUAUAGGAGUUCGCGGGUGUUUUGACUGACAGAUGGUUGGCAAACACUUGCCCUUGUUUGCCUGGAAGUGUAAUGGUUUUUAUUUUCAAGGUCUGUAUUUGAGGCUCGUUACACUUCACAGUAGACAUUUUUGUUAACGUUUGCAAAAGGUCUCUUAAUGCUUUGCCUCUACGUUUGCCUGCAAAUCCCUGAAGUCAGAAUGGGAAUCUGUGGAUAUUUUUUGCACCUUCAGCAUCCUUGGAUAUCGACAGGAUCUGGCAACGAAUGAAUUUUCUCUGGACACUCUUCAAUUCAUACAUUUUACAGACAGACACAACUGUUUAGGGGCUGGAAUAUUGAUCAAUGACGUACCCAGAGGUCAGCUGAACAGACACGCUGUGAGGUCUGGAUAAAACGGGCAGACGGGGCCCAAUGCUUCUCCUCAUUCUAAGAUGAAGUUAUGGAAGUUUGCUGCCAUUGGCCUGAUUCUCUGUGGUGCUGCGGCUGCGCUCUCUCUCCUCAUCUUUAAAGCCACACCCUAUACCAGAGCCCCGCCCCCUCCUGCCCACAGCAGAGCUUCAUCCUCAUCGUCUACAUCUACAUCCUCCAACUCCUCGUCCUCCGUUGGGACAGGUGGACGACAGCGGAGGGUCAGAUCUGCUGAAAGUGGAAACUCUCUCAUCACAGAAUUCAUGGAAAUCUUCCAGACCUUCACAGAGGGUGAGCUGAAGCAGAUUAUCGGGACCUUGGUGGAAAGAAAAGCCCGCAAAGAUGCACUACAGAGCAAAAGAACUAAACGUGCCAAGAAGCGCGGCAAACCCUGCUCUUUACGAGACGUGGAGGUGACGGUCAGUCAGCUAGGUCUGGGAUACUUCAGCGACGAAACGAUAGUCUUCCAUUACUGCAGCGGAAAGUGCACCGCCAACCGCAAAAACUAUGACCUGACGCUGGCGUUCAUGAAACGCUCACGGUUGCUCACUAGGGAUCAGAGGGAGAAAGCUCGACACAGCCCCUGCUGUAGGCCCAUCGCUUACGAGGAGGAUACCUCCUUCCUUGAUAACUUCAGUGAAUUUCACACAAUCCAUGAGAUUUCGGCCAAGGCAUGUGGAUGUGUAUGAGGAUCGUAACCUUUAAAGCACCCUUUGAGGACAGGAAGAAAAACAUGUUUAUUUAUUCAAAACAUAUUUCUAGAUGGAAAAGACAAAGAACCAAAAUGCUGCACGGGAAGAAUUCCACACGUUCGGAUCUAAUAAUGUCUCUAAUUUGGGCUUAAAGGGAUAGUUCACAAAAAAAAGAAAAUUCUGUCAAUAUUUAUUCACCCUCAUGUCAUUACAAACCUGGAUGACUUUCCACAGCGCAACACAAAAAACGUUUUGAA